UUCUUAUAUAUAUUUUGUUGUUAUCUGAAGACAAUAAAAAAGAAACAAAAAAUUAUAAUUAAAUAUUAUUCAAGAAAAAAUAUUUAUAUAAAGAUAUUUUCUAAACUAUUUCUAAGAUAUGAGUGUUUAAAAAAAAUUUAACACGAGAUGUUUAGAAUACAGAAUUAUGCUUAUGAGAGAGUGGCUCGGGAAUGAGCUUCAAGAUGGGUCGAAUAGGCUCUGAAAAUAGCUUUUUAUUUUGACUCAAGCCCAAUCCGGAUGACAUGGCAUCUUGGUUGGUUCAUAAUAUUUUGUCCAUGUGGCAUGGCUUAGAAAGAAGGGAUUUAGUCCCUUUUAUAUAGUAGGAUUCUUAGACUUAUCUAUUGUCGAUGAGCCAGCCUCUAGAUGAUUAAUCAGAGGCUUUCGCGGUUUGGAGAACUUAAAAAAAAAACUUAAAUCUUUUUUUCAAUACUUAAAAAAGCGUCGAAGAUGAUUGCGCCCAAAAAAAAUAAUAAUACUCAGUUGAAUAAACUAAUGUCUGAUGCAUACAACGAAGCAUCAAAUCUCUUGAUAUUCUCCAUAAUCUUGAAUUAGAGUAUUUACACAUUGUUAACACUUAAUAUGCAUACACACACCACUAACAUGUUUUUGUCUGAAAACUAUAAUUAUUUUAGUAACGAGAGAAUCUCAUAGUCUUAUAUCUAUAUUCUCUUCAUUUUAUUUUAAGUAUCAUUUUAAAUUUAUAUACACAGUUUUUGUAUAUUUUCCAAAUAAAAUAUCAUUAACUAUAUACAUUUAAUCAUAUUUUUGACAAAUCAAAAAUAAAAUAGAAAAUAUAAAUAAUUAUAAAGCAUAGAAAAUCGAUAAAAGUUUUGCAUUAAAAUUCUAUAACAAUAAUUAUUUUGUAUCAAAAAUUUUACUUUACAACAACAUUUAUUAUAAAAAUUAGGGAACAUUUCUUUUGGUCGUCUAAAAUAUCAAACUUGACAUAUAAAAAUUAGGGAACAUUUCAUUUGGUCGUCUAAAAUAUCAAACUUAACAUAUAAAACUUAACAACAUGUUGGUACAAAAGUAAAGUAAAGCCCAACAAAGAAAAAAAAUAACAAGGCAAAGACUUUGCGUAAACGUAGCUCUCGAAACUCAAUACUCAUCGUUUUCGUAUGAAUUUUUGUAGACCAAACAAUCUUCCUUCCACAGUUCAUAAAAUAUAAAACAAUACCUCCUUCGAAAUCUCUGCCUCUUAUAUAACCCAUCUCUGACGCUUAUGUCAACUGAAACUGGCGUCCCUCUCCGUCGCAGAUCUACCUCUCUUAACGGAUACCACUCUAACGACGUCUCCUUUGACGGAACCGUCCCAUUAAUGGAGCACAACAUUGUUAAGAAAACAGACGACGGCUACGCCAAUGGAGGAGGAAAGGCGUCGUUUAUGACAUGGACAGCGCGUGACGCUAUCUACGUGGCGAGAGUCCAUUGGAUACCGUGUGUGUUCGCGGUUGGAGUUCUGUUCUUCAUGGGCGUCGAGUAUACGCUUCAAAUGAUUCCCGCGAGGUCUGAGCCGUUCGAUAUUGGGUUUGUGGUCACGCGCUCUCUGAACCGCGUCUUGGCAAAUUCACCGGGUCUUAACACCGUUUUAGCCGCACUAAACACGGUGUUCGUAGGGAUGCAAACUACGUAUAUUGUAUGGACAUGGUUGAUGGAAGGAAGACCACGAGCCACCAUCUCGGCUUGCUUCAUGUUUACUUGUCGCGGUAUUCUUGGUUACUCUACUCAGCUCCCUCUCCCUCAGGAGUUUUUAGGAUCAGGAGUCGAUUUUCCUGUGGGAAACGUCUCAUUCUUCCUUUUCUACUCGGGUCACGUCGCCGGUUCGAUGAUAGCAUCCUUAGACAUGAGGAGAAUGCAGAGGUUGAGACUAGCAAUGCUUUUUGACAUCCUCAAUGUAUUACAAUCGAUACGGCUGCUCGGGACGAGAGGACAUUACACCAUCGAUCUUGCGGUCGGAGUUGGCGCUGGGAUUCUCUUUGACUCGUUGGCCGGGAAGUACGAAGAGAUGAUGAGCAAAAGACACAAUUUAGGCAAUGGUUUUAGUUUGAUUUCUAAAGACUCGCUAGACAAUUAAUUUUGUUUUCUUUUUAAAUGUUUAGUUGGACUUGAACAUAUUGAAUUUAAUUGAUGUCCAGUGAAUUAAAUUUAUUUUCUUUCCGAUGA